AUGAGGAAUAAAAUACCUCACGGAGAUGCUGAUUGUCUACGCCAAGAUGUGUCCACAUUAUUGCGUAAGUCUCCCCUACCUAAGAGCAAUAUUACCCUCAAGGAGGUUAGUGCCCUGCGGGAGUUGCGCAAUGAUGAGUCACUGUUAGUGCUAUCAGCGGACAAAGGUAACGCCACUGUAGUCGUCGACACCGAGGCGUACGAACACAAAAUAACGCAAAUGGUGGGCGACACAAGUGUUUAUCGUAAAGUUACUUACAACCCCACAUCUCGAGUCACGACGAAAGUAAAUAAACUUCUCCACAUCAUAGGUGACAAGGAGCUGGUAGCACAACUACUUCCACAAAAUCCGACACCACCCAAAAUUUUUGGUUUGCCAAAAAUUCAUAAAACUAAUUGGCCCCUACGACCUAUAGUUAGCCAAAUAGACGCACCGACCUAUAAGCUGUCGCGUCACUUGGCUACACUGUUACAGCCAUACACGGGCAAAACGAGCAGCUACGUGAGAGACUCCCGUCAUUUUGUUGAGUUACUGAAUGGUAUACAGCUGCAGAACACUGAAAUAAUGGUUAGCUUCGACAUAACGUCGCUGUUUACCAACGUACCAGUAGAUGAAGUCAUUCAAAUAAUAACUACCCUUUUAGGCGGAUCUACAAUACCUACUGGCUAUGUUGAGAGCAUCACUUUCUGUUUGAAAAGCGGAUAUUUUCUGUGGCGUGGGGACUAUUAUCUCCAAAUUGACGGAGUGGCCAUGGGCUCGCCUCUCGCGCCCGUUGUAGCAAACAUUUUUAUGGAGUGGUUCGAAGAAAAAGCACUGGAGUCCGCCAGUGUUAAACCGCGAUACUGGUGGCGAUAUGUUGAUGACGUUUUUGCUGUCAUCACCCGGGACGCAUUAAAGGAUCUGACGUCACACCUUAACCAAGUGCAUGCGAAGAUAGAGGUCACCAUGGAGGAGGAGAGCGAAGGGAAGUUACCGUUCCUGGAUGUGCUGGUCAUCCGAGAGCCGAACGGACGCGUGACUCACACCGUCUACCGGAAACCGACGCACACAGACCGGUACCUACGAGCCGACUCUCAUCACCACCACUCACACCUAUCUUCGGUGCCUCGUACGCUGCUGAACCGAGCACUUGCUCUAUGCGACCACAAAUUACGUUGA